GGCAGAAACCUGAGUAUCGGUUGAAGCACCUUUUUGUUGCCAUGACAAACUCAUUGACAUCAGGAUCAAUGCAACCAAGUAUGAAGUUGAAGAGGGUACUCAGGUACCUCGGGUUUAUUGUUUCAGGGGCCUUGUCAAUUGCAGUAGGAACUACAGCUGAAAGAUACCUGGAUCAGUGUAGCCUAGGACUGAAUAUCACCAGCUCAGUAUUGGCCGCCACAGGGAUCAUAAUCAGUGCUUUGAGCAUGAGUAUUUUUUCAUUCAACAACAAUGAUUGUGGCUUCAGUCAGUUGCAAGAAAUGUGUGCCAUGAUCAAGUCCAUCUUAAUGGGCAAGGAUGGUCUAGUGCUCAUUUUAAGUGCGCUGGAGUUCUGCACUGCUGUGUCCCUCUCUGCCUUUGGAUGCAAAGUAACCUGUUGUAACUCUGGUGGGGUUGUAUUCAUCAUGCCCUCAAAUCCUCAUGUGUCAGAAACAACAGAAACCGCACCGUUUACAGGAGAUUCGAUGCCUCUAGAAGAACAGCAGAAAUAUCUUCCAGAAAAUAUGUCCUGACAGUAAUGCAAGAACCCCACUUAAGAAAAACUAAACUCAAAUAUGUAUUUUAGUAUCUACCUUCUUUCAUCCGUGAUUUUCAAGGGAAGAUGAAGUGUUCAUGUGUGUUGGUCCCAUGAGAAGCUAUACUAUGGAUUGUCUCUAGAAUCUUCAAUGCUUGCCUGCACUCUCUUUCCCUCACUGCAUCUCACCCUUUGCCUUUAGAUAAAAGCCUUACCUGAGAAUGUCUGUGGAUUCUGGUGUGUGCUUUCAAACUGGGGAAGGCAAUAGACUCUAAUUGGGAAUAAAGAAGCAAUAAUAU